AUGAUAUCACCAUCCUCAUCAUCAUCAUCAUCAUCAUUAUCCGAUCCCAAAUGUUUAUCAUUGGAACAAACAAUAUGGUGUACAAAUGAUCAAUUAAUUAGAAAUGCUGAUAAUUAUAUACAUGAUGAAUAUAGUUGGGGAUUAAAUGAAGAUUCUUAUGAUUAUACUAAUGUUGAUGAUGAUGAAGAUGAUUCAAAUAGUGAAUCAAAUUGGCGUAAUGAUUAUCCUGAUGAACAAGACAUUACUAGUAAUAGUUCAUCUAAUCAUUCAAAUUCACCAUAUUCUUCAUCGAAUAGUAGUUGCAAUAAUGAAGAUUCAGAUUAUUAUUAUUAA